CCCGUAUCGCUAGUGCCCUAAGUGCAAGUGCAAAGUGCAUCCACCUUUUCUUGAUUAAUGUAUUUAUCAGUUUCCCUGAAAAGGUAUUUUUUUGGUAACAGAAACUGAACCUUGUUUUAAGUAUGAGCUCAAGCUCACAUGGAAUUCGCUCUCAACUUAUCUUUGCCAUGAAUACCCAAUAGUUUAAAAUUUAUGAUAUUUAUGCGUGUGUGUAUGUUGGCAUUAAAACAUUUUCUUUGAGAAUCUUCUUGAAACAAAAAAGUUACCCUAAUGCGGUUGUACUCUCCUAAAAACAAAUUAGAAAAGCCUGCGUUUUCAUAAUAAAGGAGCAUCACUUUAAAGCUCAUGUGAUUUAAAUUUCGCGCAGGUAAGUUUACCUGUUGCUCGUUAACUUUCUGACCAAUCCGCGCCAGUCUUUGUUCAGAAAUGCAUUAAAAACUGAAGAGUGAACAUGAACAAGUUUUGUCUUCCUGAAAAUAUUCAUUUUCAGUUCGGUCGUGAAAAUUCAAAUGGAAGAGUACUGUAUAAACGAAACAAAUUAUAGAUAAACUUUAGGAAAGUAUGUAAACAUCUUGUAAAGAUGGCAUUUUUAUGCCCGGUGAGGAUAAAGCGAGGAAAAAAGAAAAACGCCUCCAGUGUAGAUUUGGACAAGGAACUAACCAGGUCCAACAAUGGGGUGACCCCUGGAAUGGGGAGGAUCACUGGAUCAGCCAGCAUUGAGACUUUGGUCAGGGUUGGAAUUGAAAAAGAACAUGGGCUGUCUCCAGACAGUAAAAUGGUUGUAUUGCAUGACUUUACCCCUUGUGUAGAUGAUGAACUGGAAGUUAAAAGAGGACAGAUUGUUAAUAUUCUCUAUAGAGAAAAUGACUGGGUGUAUGUAAUAGACCUGGAUACCAGGCAAGAAGGCUUCAUUCCAUAUUCAUACUGUACACCAUAUAAUAACCACUUAGCGGAGAUGGCUAUAAAGAAAAAACUUCCUAGGGAGAAGCAUUUAGCAUCAGGGGAGAGCCUAGAUACCAAUGACUGUGAUGGCGGUGCAGGUGUAGAUACUAGUGAUUGUGAUUCUUUAGGAAAGAAACACGGCACUGGUGCUGUCUCACCCAUUAGCAUACAUUCAGAGCCAGACAUGAUCCCUUUUUCAAAAGAUCCGUCUGGUCGCUACAUUGUACUGUACACGUUCAUUGCUAGAGAUGAAAAUGAUGUUUCGGUAGAAAGAGGAGAAUUUGUUACAGUUUUGAAUAGAGAAGAUCCAGACUGGUACUGGAUUGUGAGAAGUGAUGGCCAAGAAGGAUUUAUACCAUCUGGGUUUGUGUAUCCUGCUGAUAAUGUGAUACAAGGCCACCUGAAUCCAACCCAGAACAAUACCGUCAAUGGCGGACCAAUGGUCGGUUCCGGAGGUUCGUUUGCACCCUCGAGUGGGGGCACAACCGGGGGCCAGCACCAAUCGGGUGGCGGCGGUGGAGCGAAUUCCGGUGGUGAAGAUCUCAGGUAUCACGGCACAGAGCUGGUGAUGCUGUACGACUACAAGGCGCAGGCACCAGAUGAUCUAACGGUCAGGAGGGGGGAUUGGAUUUAUGCUGAUCUUGGCAACCAAACUGUGGAUGGAUGGUUGUGGGCCUAUGCUCCCAAAACAAGAAAAUAUGGUUUUAUACCGAAAGCAUACGCCAGACCACCUGCUAUGACGAGUUUGUGACAUCACGAAAAGGCCUCAUUUCAUCAUCCUUUUGCACCUAGAUGACUUGGAGCUUCACAAAAAGACUUACAGUAUCUUAGAUUUAUUGAUCUAAGUGCACUGAUCCUUAUGAGUAUUUUGAUUGUGGUAGUAAAUCAAGUAUUAAUCUGUGUAAGGUUUGUUCCAGCACUUUAGAAAGCCGAAUUAGAUAUUUAAAUUGCAACCUUACUUUUGAGGAAACGUGAUAGAUGUUUUGAUACAUGUUUUCUGGAUCUUUUAUUGGAUCGCUUUGCCGGGCUGUUAACACUACUGCUUAACAACAUUAUGCAACAUGUUGUGAGGUGUGAUUGAACAACUAAAGUUUGCUUUUGGAACAAACCUAAAAAAUGAAUAAUGAGUGAUCAUGUGGUGAUACGUGAGAACAGUAAUGGAACUCCUAUUUGAGGUUGAUAACUUUAUGAACUAUGCCUCAAUAUAUUCCAUAUUGAACAUCCUCGCUUCUUCUAGAAAUAUUUGUACCACUCGCUACUGUGAUUUUAAAUAUGAAUGCAAAAAUUGACUGACUGCCUUACAUAUCACAGUAUUCUCCUAUUUUUUUUAUGAAGUGCAAGUGUACGAUGAGCAGCAGUACUCAUCAAACAAUUUCUAGAAUGAGGGUGAAAAAAAGGUAACUAAGAGAAAGGGAGCGUGUUUCUGUUACCUUUCCUGAGGACCCAUAUAGAAUAGUUGCCCCCGGGCCACUAAAUUAACUUUGUGAUAAAUGGGAAUGGAUGCCAUGUGUGCGUCUGACGACGUUUUUGACAGAUGUGGUUGGACACCUUCGUUUUAUUCUGCUGUCAGUGUUAGUGCAUACUUUUCACUCAUUUGUCUACCAUUGCUUAUCAUAGUGACAACGUUGUAACACAAUAAUGAUACUUCCGGUGGAAAGAUCUACCUUAAUUAGGCUUGUGCUGCUCUUUGCGAAUUAUGUAAGAAUUAUCAUGUGUUGAAAACGUCCAACAAUACAAUUAUCUGCUUAAAAUCGCCCUUUCAAAAAAUCACACUAAAAGUAAAUACUAAUUUAACGACAGAACUGUCAAACAAUUAACUUACAUCAAGUCCACUUGUAUGCACUUUCAUCCUGAAUACAAAGCUUUUGGAGACAAACAAAUCGUAAGCUUUCUAACUAGUCUGGAUUCGAUAGGUUAGGCACACACAUUUAGAAACUUAUUUGAUAAACGCCAACAGCAGUCUGAAUUUGGGAUCAUCUCAAAAGCAGCGUUCUAUUCUAUUGCGCUCAAGAAUUGACACCUAGGUGUCACGUCAGCUAUCUCGUAGGAAAUAUGAUUCUUACAUCAAGACUAAGAUCAGCACACAUUGUGGGAUGGCAGAGGAGAACAUCGAGUAGGAUCUUCCGCCCACCAGUGCUGUAUUUCUGUGACAAGUAGCAUGUUCUUCGAGAAAAAUGCCUUCUGUCGAAGUGGGCUUCAUCGCUCAUUAUCAGUUGUCGGUAAAAAUCGUUAUUUUGGGUAUUAAGCUGCAAUAAUGCAUGACUAUUGUUGGCGACUUUCAUGGUCCACUAGGCUGUAGCUCUUGGGUUAACUGAAUUUUGCAUGGCCGCAAAUGCAAGUCUUUUUUUAAAAUAGUGCAUGACAUGCGACAAAUACCCAGUUCUUGCGAACGAUGUCUGGUAGACGUCUCAGGGCGCUCCACUACACUUUCACGAACUCUCUCGAUAUUUUCCGGAGUACGAACAGUUCGAACCCGGCCCGACCUAGGCAAGUCUUUAACUUCACCUGUUUGCUCAAAUUUCCGCACCGACGAAUGAUGUUGACACUGGGCAUAUUAUUUCGAUCGAAAUUUGUCGUAGCUUCCGAAUCGUUGCAUCAAUCGACUCGUCGUUUAAGUAAAACGGACGCAUUGUGGGUCGUGUAGCGCUCCAUGAUGAAUUGGGCUUUAAACAACUACUACCGCUCCACCUACUGGACUGCGUGUAUCAAAAAAUGGCGCGCAGUUUAAAUCAGUAAGUUAUAUAUUGGCCACCCUGUAUAAUCGUCGAUACUGCUGCCAUUUCCCGCCUGCUGCUAGCCCCAAUAAAAGACUUGAAUAUUUUGUAGUGUGAUAUUUUCACUCUAACAAAGGUAUAUUAGAAUGGGGUGUUUAUUUUGUGAAUAUGAUGUUAAACUCCUUAUUCUUCUAGUUUUGUACAUAUUUGAUUUACGAACGUUGCAAUCCCCCUUAAAGUGCCUUAACCGAUAAUCUUUCAUAUGUUGUACUUGCCUCGAAUAAAAGAUAGCUUUAAGAUAGUAUUUAUUUCUUAGAGAAUAUAUUUUGAUCUGGGAGAAAUUAUACCAACGUCGUGAGCAUAGCUUAGUGAUACAAAUUUGCAUGUGAUACAAUUAUCAUAUUCAUGUUGGCUUGGGUCGACGGUUUUUGAAUCGUAGACUAAAUUUUGAAUCCAAAGCAUAUGACGCCAAAAUUUUGAAAUAUAGUGAGACUAAGAACACUGGAAACAGGAGGGUAAAUUGCGUAAGGCAAGACACGUGUAUCACUAGAAGCCAAUACUAUCAGUAAGGGGGACGUGGCUUUCAGAAAUCUAGUACGCGUGUACACAUGCACGUGGAAAAACGUCAUGUCAUGGUUUAUUCUCAUCAAGUGUCAAGGGCGCCGUUAAAAAAUGAUGCGAAAAUAAUUAUCACGUGCCUCGUAAAAUCCUGAUUCAGAAGGUUUUCAAUUUAACUCGCGGUUUGCCAUAAUUUGUUGGUUAAUCAAUAAUAACCAUGUCAACUCUCAAAAUUAGAGUUGUUCAAGUCCUGCGAGAAAGAUGCCACAUGCGCAGAACCUGAAAUAUAUUUAUGAUGCGAUACUUAUAGUAGAUAGCCUGGCUUUAUUUUCGUCGCUUUUGGUUUCAGCCCCAGUCUAUGAGUUUAGCCUCUUGUUUCCAGUCUUCUGUGGUCAGCCCUUUCAUUUUUUUCAUUAGCCAAUCCCUUCGUUUGGAGUUAACGUGUUUCACUUUGCUUGCGGCUUGGGAGUUUUUAUUGGACGUUGACUGUCAAAAUUACUGCAAUGAAUUGUAUAGAUAUUUGAUGCUAAGCCAUAAAUGAAGAUAUAUUUUUUUACAGCGAUAAACUGAUGUUUUAGAAUCUAGAUUAUAGAGAUUUAUGCUAUAAUGGAAAAUAAUUGCUUCAUAUAUUAAGCAAAAUUUUAUUUGUAUAUAAAUGUUUUUUAUAUUAAAGAGAUGCUCAACUGUUA